UAGCGAAGAAAGCCGGCGAUACAUUCCUGGCUGUCGCAGAAGUGGCCUUGCGUUCUUGCCACAACAUAUGUACUACUCGCUGUGGUCGUGAGACAUUCUGUCAAUGUCUCGCGAAGUCGACGUCCUGCGGUUCUGGCCCGGGCCGCCCCAAGCUGGAUGAUCUUGAUCUGGAGGCGAUCGAGAUCGCGAGCUGUAUGCUUAGUCAGCGAGCUGCUCCUGUCCAACCAGAUCGCGCGCCUCCUUCUUCACUGGAACCCUCUACAGCCCUCUUCAGUCGCAUCCGACUCGAGUCUCCCUAGCGGAACGAUUCCGGCAAUGGACAUUACCAGACCUAUCCACGCGACCUCAGUACCUCACACCGACGGUAACGCCUCCGACGGCUCAAUACACGCUGACGUAUCAUCCGCUGUACCACCUCAUGAUGCAACGCCCGACGCUGGUGUCACACUUACGGUGGGCACAGCAGGAGCAAGAGAAGAGGAUGGCGCACACAUGCACUCCACACAGAAAGACUACGGUAUAUCUCAGCCAGAGAAGUCUGGCGUCGCAGAACCUACAGUACCUUCAGUCGAGGAUGCCACGAAGCGCGAGUCUCUCGCCAAUCCUAUUCCCAGAGAUGAGCCCACUAUCCCCAUGUCGAGGAGGUUCCCUACCGAUUCCUCUUCUUCUCGGCCUUCGCUUGGCGACCGCUUCUCGUCGAUCACCCUCGCUCAUGCCAGUCUGCAGUACUUCAAGGACCGCGCCCAGUCAGCCUGCAAGGCUUACUUGCCUUCGCCUCUCCGACAGUCUGUGUUAGCUUCCUCUGCUCAGGCUGAAGCAACGGCUUUUGAUGUGGGUGCCAUUGAAGCUCAGGGUGAAGCACUCGACGCCGUGUCUUCCUCAGUGACCUCCUCUGCUUCCGGUGCCUGGGUGAAGGCCUCAACUACGGUGGAUGCUGCUGGUGAUGCUUCUCCACGCAUACACGAAGACGUCGUGUCUAGCGAAGCUCCCCUUCCCGCUGUUCCCGGAAGCUCUGGUUCUGGCUGCCUUGAUGACUCUGCUCUGCAUACUGCCACUAUCGAUGAAGUCCCUGGCCGUGCACUGUCUCCAGCAUUCGACCCAGUACCUUUCACUCUAUCUGAACCGCAAGUCGAAGUUCCUGCAGUCGAUCUGUCUCCGGCACCGGUCUCCUCCUCUGUUGCUGAAUUUGCUGCAUCUGACUCCGUAUCGCCUCUUGCUCCCAUGGAAGCCUCCCCGACUAUAUGCGCCUUGUCAAUCAUUGAUGCGCCUUCUUCUGCUCUAUCUGCUGCGCCGGAUCCCUCUCUCCCUGCUCCAUCUGCUGAACCGGACCCUUCUCUUUCUGCCCUAUCUGCUUCUCUCCCUACUUCUCUCGGCUCAUAUCCUUCUGCAGUCCUACCUUGUGCUGCUGCUCCGUCUGCCGUCCUCACUGUGCCUGCCAUCAUUGUCUCUGGACCUUCCGACGAUGCACCUGCCAUUUUGGCUGAUGGGCAUAAUGCCUCCUCCGAGCUAAACGAAGAGCCCGCCGUGGGCGAAGAAUCUAACUCACCUCAAGCACACUUUCUCGAACAUGCGUGCCCUUCUGACUCGGCUCUGUCAGCCAAUGCUACUUCGGCUAUACCUCAAGCACCGGCUGCCUCCCACAACCUAGCACCAUUGGGCGAAGACGUUGCUGGCGUCGAAGGUCGGGACGUCGACUGGAGGAUGUCUCUCGCGUUUGGCGAAGCGGUCGAGAAGAACCCUCAUAUCCUAAUACCCGACGUCAUCCCUGUUCCGCCUCCCAUAGUGUCUGAGGAUCUGAAUGCUGCGUCUACACUCGCUACGGACAUCGCACCUGCUGCUGCUGUACAAUCCUGUCUAUCCUCUCCUGCCAUGGUGUUUGACUUCGCUGGUGACCCUCUUGCUACCAAUGCUCUGCCCGACUGCUCGCAAGCUGUGCACCAUCUGGAGAUGCCCUCGGCUGUGCUAGAAGUGACUGAAGACCCCGAGGACACCGUACUACCUGGCUCGACCCCGAACGAACUCUCCAUGCUCUCUAACAUGCCUGCAGUAUCGUCUGACGGCAGCACACGUUCUAAAUCUGAAGGGUUCUCUGUGGUGCCCGCCGCUGGCGAAACCGUUCAUGGUGACAAAUCUACGGACGAAACGAAGGCGCAAAAACUCGAACCUGUAAUGGCGUCCAUGUCGUCCUUGCCGCAACCAAAACGUCCGACACUUGCGUCUCAGCUGAGACAGCGCAAGAAGCUGAUCGCGCCCUUCCGUUCCCCUCUUGUGGACAAGGAUGCUGCUCGCCACGGGAUAGACGCUGUCUAUGCCAGCGGAAAGAGCAGCACCGGGCUCGCAGCAACGAAGCGCGAGGCGACCGAGAUGCCAGCCGACAGCGCGUCCACAGGUGCACAGGCUGGUUCUUCGCUCUCGCAGACGGUGAAAGACUACCCUCCGAGCGUUGCCAAGCAAUUCAAGUCCCCUCUGCAUCUUGGUUCGAGCGGUCCGCCUGCCGCUGCUGUCUCGAGCGUGCAAGCGAUCCCUACGAUACGAGCGCUGCAGGCCAAGAUUCAGACGCUGAAGCAGGCUAUCAGGAUCAAGACGGCGAGCGACGGAAAUGACGAAGAGGAGCUCGACGAGCUGGUGGUCAAGUGGACGACCGUGGGCAGAGAAGUUGCCUGGGCGGUCUGGGACACGGUGAAGGACCUCGGCCCGGGAGAGACUGCGAACAUAGGCAAAGUGGGCGGUGGCUGGUUCGACGAUGAGAGAGGCGGUCGUGAUGGUGGGCACAGCAGUGGGUGGGGUUUCGAUGACGCCAGUCAACCUGCGAAGGGCGAAAUGGGCGAAGAGGGAGACGGAAGCGGGACGAAGGAAGGUGACGAUGAUGCGCCUGGCGUCCAGCACACUCUUGGUACGAUGCUGCGCCAUUUGGGGAUCGCUCCGGAGACGUUGGGUUGGGAUGAAGAGGAGGGGGACUUCGUGGAUGUUGAGUGACAGACGUAGAACAACCACCAUAGCUGUUGCAUUUCU